CUCAAAGCCCAUAAUCUUCUUCUUGUACUCAUUCUGCGCUCCACGUGGCACUGCGUCACUUGUCACUUGCAGCGCGUGGAGGGAUUUAACGAGCGUGGCAUGGGCAUUUGGUUUGGCCGGAACCCACCUGGCAUUCAACUAUUGGUGGGGAGGCGCAUUUUCGAUUUCAAGCCGCAAAUAUUACCACGCGCUUAUGGUAUGCUUGUCCAUCAUUGACGGCUAAUUUCAUUUGUGGGGUGAGAAUAAAGUAUUCGAGUUGUUGAGUGAGACCAAAUUAAUAUGAAUUUUGAUAUCAUUUCGACGUAGAUUUUCGUAUAUGUGACAUACUUAUUUAAGGUAUCCGUGGAUCACUCUUUCGAUGUCGAAGGAGGUACUGGCUAUCUGAUUAAUUAUUUCGCACUUAACAAAAUGGUUCGAUUGCUCGCUUAAUAUGUUUCGGUCGAACGAAUCUGACCCGGCUGGCUCGCUGUCCAGUGUCCAUAUUGAAGCGCGUGCAUGGGGAGGACGACGUAGGAGAAAGUGGCUGUGGGCAUAUCCCUUUUCUCCUUGGUAAGUGGAGGAGGAGAUAACAAAUUGUUAGGAAAAAAAAAAAAAAACAAAAACAAAAAGAGAUGCCCAAAUAAAUAAAUAGAAAUAAAUCAAUCUUCAAGAAAAGGAAAAGGGAAACCAUAAUUAUUCGCGGAACCGAAAGAGUGCCACGUGUGACACUACGCUGGCAACGAGCCAUCGCAUCUUCUCCUUCCUCCGCCAUUCUCUUCCAUCCUCCCCCUCUUCUCUGCUCUCGUCUCCGCUCCCAAAUCCCAUUCCGUCUUCUUCUUCUUCUUGUUCUCCAAUGGCGAAUUCCCAUUGACGCGACAAUCACGAAAAAAGGGGGGAAAAGGAUUCCUUCCCGCCGACGAAAAAAAUUUCCCGCUCUGCUCAGGUACCAUCAGCGCUUUUUCUUGAUUUCCAGAAAAUUUUCGAUUGAGGGUUUUCGUAAAAGGGAAGGAAUUGAUUGUGUUUGCGAUUCGGGUGGAAUCCGUGUUGAAUAUUAAUCGGGCGGCGGCGGCGGCGGUGGGUGGGUGGGGUGAAGAGCUGCCACCUCUGCGGGGAGCGCCAUGGAUGGGUUCGGCGGAUUUGAUGAUUUUAGGGACUUCCUCUGUGUUAUUUAUGGUUUUCGCUUUGUGGGGGUGUUGAAAUCGGAAGCUUUUUCCAGUGAGUGAACACUUCCCACCCCCCUCUUUCCAUGUGUAACCAAGGGAUUGAAUCCCUGAAACAGAAUCAUAAAACUAGUCACCAGAAUUCGAUGGAUACUCCACCUUCAGCCACUAAUUCCACCCCAGGCUCAAACUUUAGCCCCAAUGACGAAACCCAACGAGUCAAAUUCCUGUGUAGCUUCUUGGGCAGCAUAAUGCCUCGCCCGCAAGACGGGAAACUGCGGUAUGUGGGCGGGGAGACCCGAAUUGUGAGCUUGCCUAGGGAGAUUGGGUAUGAGGAGCUUAUGAGCAAGAUGAGGGAGCUUUACGAAGGUGCUGCGCUGUUGAAGUAUCAGCAGCCGGAUGAGGAUCUCGAUGCACUGGUCUCGGUUGUGAAUGAUGAUGAUGUCACCAAUAUGAUGGAGGAGUACGAGAAGCUGGGGUCUGGGGAUGGGUUCACUAGGCUUAGAAUUUUCCUCUUCUCGCAUUCUGAGCAAGAAGGGUCGCCUCAUUUUGUUGAUGGAGAUGAUAGGGAGACCGAGAGGCGGUACGUGGAUGCGUUGAACAAUUUGAAUGACGUGGUGGAUUUUCGUAGGCAGCAGCAGAUGGAUCCCCCUUUGAUUGACGAGCAGUUUUUCGGCCACAUGAGUCUUGAUGGUGGGAUUCGUGGACACCGGAAUCCUGAUGUGCCAUUGCCUCAGUAUAAUCUUCGACAUGUUGCUGUUCCUCAAAGGUAUAGUGAAAUGGAAGCUACAUGGAGCCCUGCCUAUUAUUCUCCCAGGCAUCAUGGGCAUCAUGACAAUCCGAGAUCAAUGUCAGAGUUUCCGAAUUCACCCCCAUAUCGGAUGCCAUUUGGGGAAAUGCCUGAUAAAAGCAUGGAUAGGGUGCCUGAAGAAUAUGCUCGUCCGCAGAUGAACCAUCAGGUACCUUACUCCGAGAAUGUGAUGUGGAUGCCCGAUAAAGCUGGUUUCCCAGGCAAUUUGAUGCAUGGUCAAGGUGUUAUGGAAGGGAAUAGUGGUGCCUGUGAGCAUUGUCACACCCCUUUUCAGAGAAGCCAGUUGCAUUUGGAGCAGGCUAACAUUGGAAAUGGUCUUCCCCAUGGUGUUAAUUCAUGUAGUGAGUGUGCUCCAAGUAGAGAAGCUUUCUUAGUACAUGGAGAUCCAAACAUGCACCACACCAUAUACCCUAAAGAUCAGUAUCUCUCUGGAGCUGGAAGGUUCAAUGAGCAACACUAUCUUGUAGAAGGUCCUGGCAUGAACUACUCACUUGGUCAUGGGACUUUAGUGGAUGGCCAUCAUGUUUCUUCUAGCUAUGCCCCUCAUCGAGCUGGUCACGACAUGGGGAAUGAAGCAUUUCAUGAUCCAUCUGUACCUCCUGCACAUCACCAGCACGUGCCACCGGACGAUCGUAGCAUCAGAUAUGGGAAUUUUCCUGGUGCUUAUGGAACUGAAGCUGUUUAUCAAAUGCCUCUUGGACAUGGUCAUGGGCAGAGUUUAUGGAGAAAUGUUCCGAACCCUAUGCUUGGAGGUCCUUAUGAAGCAGCCAAUGGAGCCUCACAAGUUAAUGGUACAGUUAAUCAGGCAUAUAUCAGAGGUACAGUAGAGGGUGGUCCAAGGGCUGGAGCUAUUGGCAUUGAUCCUCAGCAUGCUUGGUCUGACUCCUCGCAGACCAGGUUGGGUUUUGAUGCCAUGGCUGUCCCAGAUUAUGCUUACACCCCUGCUUUGAAAACUAAUCCAGCUAGUUAUGGGGUGGAAGCUAGGCAUUCAAAUGCUCCUGAAUCUACUCGUCCUCCACUUCCACAUGAAAUGGCAAAUUCAUUUGCUCCGAUAGCUACUGUUGGUCAUAUUCCUGGUGGAUUCAGCAGCACUGUUGUGGUUCCUGAAAUUGCAAAGCAGGAAGAGACAAACAUUGGUGGCACAGAAAUAGAUGCGAGUUAUGCAGAGAAACUGAAUAUGGUUAAUUUAGUUCAUAUUGUCAAUCCGAAUCAAGAGGCGGCUCUGGUGGAUUUGUCCGACCCAAAUAACUCGCGGAGUCAUGCAGGCAGCAAUUUAAUGCCAAAAGCUGCAUUGGAGGAGGCUGAGGAAGUGAAAGCGAGAGUUGAAGAAAAUGUCUCUCCUUUGAAGGAUAAUGCGGCAUCAAAAGAAGCAACUGUCAAGGAGCCUGAAGCAGUGAAUGGAGUUGAAGAAGUAGAGUUGGAUUCUGAAAGUGAUAAUUCAAACCUCAACAAGAUUGAGCCCACAAAGGCUGAGGCUGAAGCUAUCGAGAAGGGAUUACAGACUAUAAGAAACGAUGAUCUGGAGGAGAUCCGUGAAUUGGGUUCUGGAACUUAUGGAGCUGUUUAUCAUGGGAAAUGGAAGGGUUCUGAUGUGGCUAUCAAGAGAAUAAAAGCUAGUUGUUUUGCUGGAAGACCUUCUGAAAGAGAGCGAUUGAUUGCAGAUUUUUGGAAGGAAGCAUUGAUACUGAGUUCACUACACCAUCCCAAUGUUGUCUCUUUCUAUGGUAUAGUUCGUGAUGGCCCUGAUGGAUCUUUAGCAACCGUAACAGAGUUCAUGGUGAAUGGUUCUUUGAAGCAGUUUUUACAAAAGAAGGACAGAACCAUUGACCGGCGCAAGAGACUCAUCAUAGCAAUGGAUGCUGCAUUUGGCAUGGAGUAUCUGCACGGGAAGAAUAUUGUUCAUUUUGAUUUGAAAUGUGAAAACCUCUUAGUAAAUAUGAGAGAUCCACAACGGCCCAUCUGCAAGAUUGGUGAUUUGGGCUUAUCCAAGGUCAAACAGCAAACACUUGUGUCAGGUGGUGUUCGUGGAACUCUACCUUGGAUGGCCCCUGAGCUUCUGAGUGGGAAAACCCACAUGGUGACCGAGAAGAUUGAUGUUUAUUCCUUCGGAAUUGUGAUGUGGGAGUUGCUGACUGGAGAAGAACCUUAUACGGAUUUGCAUUGUGCCUCAAUAAUAGGAGGAAUUGUGAACAACACGUUACGUCCCAAAAUCCCAACUUGGUGUGAUCCAGAGUGGAAAUCUUUGAUGGAAAGUUGCUGGGCUUCUGAGCCUGCAGAAAGGCCUUCGUUUUCUGAAAUUUCUCGAAAGCUGAGGACCAUGGCUGCUGCAGUCAACGUGAAAUAAUGAUCCAGUCAUGAAGUAGAUAUUUCUCACUUCUCGACUGGCCUAUUAUGGCUACAGAAAAAAAAUGGCCCCGUAGUGAACAAAUAGUGAUAAAGCAGAAGAAAAGAAGAAAAAGAAAUAAAAUUUAGAUUUCUGAUAUUGUUAUUAUGCCUUGAAAGUAUCUGCAGGCUUAUGGGAUAGAGAAGAUCGCCCCUUUCAGAACAUGCCCUCCCUAUUCUCUAAUUAUGGAGAGGGUUAAUGAUGCACAAUCAGAAUGUGAGUUCCUUUCGAACAUGCUUCUAGUUCGUUCUUUCUUUAGAAAUGGCCGAGAAAGUAAUCGCCUUUAGCUUCCUUCUGCAGGUUUUUUUUGCUAUUUUGAAUGUGAUCAUAUAAGCGGUAGUGAAACAUAAUCUAUCUCUGCUACUAUUUGGAAUGAAGGGGGAGGAGAUGUAUAUAUAUCUAUUUAUCUAUAUAUGAUGAUGAUGAUGAUGAAAUCCUAGUGUUUCUUUAGCUUUCUCCAUUCUUGGAGGAGGAGGAAGACGAUGCAUAGCACUCUCUCUUCGCUCUCCAGCACGAGUUUCUCAGAUGGGAUCUUCACCAGCCAAAUAGCUAGCUGUAUUAGAAAGUAUGCUAUGUUACGUUGGCUUUUAGUCCCUUUGUUUCCUUCCUUUUGGUGGGGUUUCCUGCACACUACUGAGGAACGUUUUUCCCACAUAAAUUGAACUGCACAAAUUUGAGCUCAAUGUUUAUUAUUAUUGUUCUAUUGCUUGCUGUGAUGGAGCACUGUCUAUUUAUGGUGCAAUGAAGCUCCUGCAGAAGUCGCGGCAGAAAAAGUUCAUGAUGUUGCUGCUAUAAGAGAGAUUGUAGCUUUUUGCCUUACCUCUUUGAUUCUGCUGGUAUGUGAACUAUUUUGAGUACAUGUUAAAUGGACAAUUUCAUGUGUCUCGUCAUACAUCUUGUACGUUCUGUUAUGCGUAGAUCGUCGAUAAUCUAUGCGUUUAGAGUGUAAGUGAUGCAAGUGGGAGUGUGGGUUUGUCGAUAAUAACGUGUUGACAUUUGGUUUUCAACCUAUACGUACGUGAAGUGUUUUCAUGGUACAGGUGACGAUUGAGCAAUCUAAAGUCAAUGUAGUGUAAAUUUACCAACUCUUUCUGUGGCAUUGAAAGUCAGCGGAGGGUUAUAUUAUGUGGUUCUUUUAUGGUCAAAAUGCAUGACAUCAUGUUUUGGCUUGGUAUCUUCCAUUUUGUGUAGUUAGAAGGAGCCAAGGAGUAAUGUAGAACCACUCCAAUAUGGAGAAGUAGGAUGCAACCAAACAAUUGGUUUGUUCAAUCAUGCAAACCCGAUUGCUUGGGGGGACAAAGGUCAAAGAGUAUGUAUUAAGUAUUUGGUGAACAAGUUUAUCAUAGGCUAAUGGUGUGGAAUAACGUUAUGUGGUCAAUCCCAUUCACAUUUGUUGUGAGCUUAGUUUGGUUAAGCAUGGAUUUCGAUUUUCACUCGAGAUUAAGCUGUCUAUUCAGAUCUUCACUCCAAAUCAAGGCAUACUAAGGACUCCUCUUUACCCUCGCACAUUCAAGGGCGUUACAUCGGCUAGUAUAUAUGGUGAUUGUUCCAUGACAUGAUUAGUCCUUUUACAACUUUUUUCUCUCCCAAGCAUGCAACAACACAAGUCUAUAAGGUCAUUGAAACCCAAACAAAAUGUCACUUGACUAUUUUUGUUUUCAUUUAAGUUUGAACGUGUAGUGAAGUAGCAUUUUCCGUAAAGGAAAGCUGAGUCCAUUUUCAUAUGAGCUUUUCAUCAAGGUUAGAGAUGAAAGUGGAUGAAGCUAUAGUUUUUCGUUACAAAUUCAUAUUUAACUUAAUACCAUUUCGGGGAAAAGGAAAAAUCUUGUGACUUUUUUGCACAAGUGUUAAAAGUCAAGUGACCAUUUUGGUUAGAUAAUUCAGUGUGAAAGGCAGGUCAAUUUCUUGGAUUCUUUGAAGUGGACUAUGUGCAUUUGACAUAUGGUGGCGACUCACUGGAAAUGGAUCCCAUUCUUUGAGCUCAGCAACUACGUCUCUUUGUUGCGUUUUUAGUCUCCAUAACAAAGAAAUAAAUGUUAUGGGGUUAAAUGCCAACAUGAUCACUAGACUUAUGGUUGCUACAAAUCGGUCACUAAACUAAUUUUCCUGAUAGGGUAGUGUUUAUGAAAAAAAUGGUCACUUAGUUUGCUUCUGACUAGAAAGUUGUUCAGUUUCAUGUCGAUUCAACAUUUAAGAUAACCUUAUAAUAAUUGGUCAGCCACAAACUUAGUGGCUCUUUAUUUGUCGAGAUUAAACUCUUACACCUUACCCUCAACAAUAAAAGCUAACCCAACCUCAACUUGAUCCUAACAUAUUCGCACACACAGAGUAUAUUAGUAUGUUGAGAGUGGGAGCUAAACUGGAAUCAACAAAACUAGUUGCAAUUCUCCUUAGAGAAAAGGGAAUAAAGUUGAUUGAUCGCCUAUUACUUAAUAUUUAUUUGUCGUGCACCGUUAAGAAGAUUAGUUCGAAAAUCGAUAAUAACAACCCUUAUUUUUAGUGACCACUCUUGAUAUUUGUCCCAAGAUGAAGAUAAUUGGUACAUAAAGUGUACGCCCCAGAGUAAAUAUCCAAGAAAUUUCCAUGCAUGAUACCUUGAUCGAUUGGGUGCUAAGUGUGUCAUUGUCAAAGAAUGCUUUGGGAACAUUUUAUAUUGUAGGUGGUACGUACAAGUCACAAGUCCACUAACAUGUGUCUUUGUCAACCUUUUGUGACGAAACAUGGGUGACUUUUUUUCGUCCCUUAAAAAUAAUUAUCACCCCUCCAACAUUGCUCAGUGCAACGCGGUUACGUACGUGGACUGGUAGUUUGUAUGAAUGAUUAUAUGUACUCUCAGAUUAUCGAAAGCUACACUCUGGAUAUUAUAAUUGAGAGUGAUUAAGAGAUUGUUAUUGUAUUGGUAUGCUCGAUAUGUUAAUUGGGGACAAAGAUAUAUGGUUGGUCAUAAUCGUGGUAUCAGACAAUACUGAGUUGAACGUUUGAAAAUAUUUUCUAAUGGAGAUCUAUCGUAUUGAAUCACGGGAUAAUCAUAUCAAAUCAUAAUAGAAGGUGACUCAUUGGAUGACAUGUUACUACCACAACAUUGACAUUCUAUUAUUGCAUUUUGUUACUACCUAUGAAAUGCACUAAAGCUAACUAGCUAGAUGCAAUUUUGGAUAAUCAUGUCAUCAUCAUUAGUGAAGGUUACAUACAUUUCUAUAGGUCAUCAAUGAAAUUUGUUGUUUUUUUAGGGCAGUAGGUAGCUUAGCUAGCUAGCCCCUCCUCCCCCAACAUAACAAAAAAAAAAACAUGGGAUUAUGUUUUGGUAAUUACGCAAUUAUUGACUUUCCAACAAAUAAUCAAUCAAACACACCACCAACUGCGCUGAAAAGGAACUAUAGGUCAAACUUAAAUGUAUAUUUUUUCUGCUAGAUAUGUGGAUAAACUUUGAGGGACAAACCCUCAAACCCAUGAGAAAUAGAGAAGUCAAUAUCUUAGGAAAAUUGGGAAAGAGGGAUUAGUCUAGCGGUUUCAUCGUUAGUUUUCAAUUUGAAGAUAAUUCACACUUUGAAAGUGAUCGAUGAACCUUAAACUUAAGCAUGAUCUCUAUGGUACAUAUAUCACUUUCACGAAUUAAAAAUUAGUUUAUAAAAGUUCACGAGGACAUGAUUUUUUUUUACAAUAUAGUUGUUUUUUAGUCAUUUAUUUCCUUCGACGAUCAAUGCAAGACAAUCAGAUCAUCAGCUCACCCAUGAUAACUAAAGAGGCAUGGAAUCGAACAUCGUCCAAUCUGCUUAAUAGCGUUCAAACCUCGAGCGAAGAUUGAACAUGAAGUCUAUGUAUGUAUAUAUAUAUAUACAUGUGUGUUUGUUGAGUGACUCUUGAGAAAUGGUAAUUAAAUAUCCAUAUAUAACUUGUUUUUAUACUCUCAGUAAGAAGAUAACCUUCAUGGAGAUAUGUAUGAAAGCUAGACUCAUAGGACUAUAGGAGUAUCAAUCAUGGAAUGUUUAUAUAUAUAUAUGAUUAUUAUAUGUACACAAACUCUCUCUUUCUCUUUCUCUCUCUUCAAUUAAGCAACUAGAGAAGAUUAUUGAGAGAUCCUAAAAGCUUAUCUUCUAAACCAGCUCAGGACCACCUUUACCAGCCCUCACUAACAAAGAAAAAAAAACAAUUAUAAAAAUUAAUCUACACAUAAAAUACAUAAAAUUAACAUUAGACAGAAGGGUUUGGUCUUAUUGAUGAUGAAACUAAUGGCAAUGUCAAGUAUCUACCCACAAAAAAUAUACAAAAGGAGGAGACUGAAAGAGAGAUUCUAAGCUUGGGAUAAAAGACAAGCAGAAGCCUUGUUUUAAUUUAAUUAAUUAAAUAAAUAAAGCCUACCCUAUCUCAGUCUUUGCCUCAAUUUGUUUGGUGGUGAUUUCAGAUAUAAUAGUAUAAUAUAAUAGGGUUUCUGCUUUUUCCCUGAAAAUUUUGAUGGUUUUCUGCUUGUUAACUUCUAUGUGGGUUCAGGUUCUUCUUCAACUUGGCCCUUAAUUCAAAGUAGGGUUCAUCAAAUUAUUAAGUUAAUAUAAAACCUUAUUAUGUCAAUGAACAGAGAUGAUCCUUUUUGAAAAAAAAAAAAUAUCUUUGCAUUGUUUAUGGCCUAACCUUUUUGCUAGCUACAACUCUUCAUCUUUUAGAUUAUUGAAUAAUGAUUUCUACUAACCACUAAGUGAUGAGUUGCAAUAUCAAGGUCUCAGCUUGCUAACCUUAUCUCACAUCUGUAAAUAGUGUGGUGGAUAUUGGGUUUUUCGGUCUUGAAUCCGGUUUCAUUAGUUAAUCAUAGUUUAUAUAAAGUUUGAGAUGACUCGUGGACCGGAAACACGAGAAAGAUAUAUGAGAUAAAUGAGUUGAAUUGAAAGGAAAAACAUAUAGUGUGAUUCUUGCAUUUAAUACACAAAUGACUAAGAUAGCAUAUUGAGUAGGAAUGUUGUCAUCCAAUGUUGCCUAUAUAUACUAGCUCUUUGUUCUUGUCAAGGAUGUAAUUCUUAGAGCUAGCACAUGCAUUAACUAAGCAUACAAAAACGAGGACAUAUAUACAUGACCUCUUUCGAGCUAUUAUUUACGAAGUCGAUCUCAUGUUAGAAUUCUAAAUACUCCUAUAACAAAUUAUUAAUUUACGUAUAAAGUAUGAUUGAAUUGUGCGGACUUUAAACCCGUAUAUUGUAUCAUGAGAAGGAUCGUAUACCGUUCAAUCUUCUGGCUAGGGUUAGCUCUUAGACAAAGAACAUUUUUGCUUAAAAGUCGAUCUCAUGAUAUAACAACAAUUCAGAUAAUCAGCUGUAAACUAAUCCAAAAAGUAUGUGAGAGAGAAGCGCACACACCAUUUCUUCAAACCCUAAGAGUAAUAUUUAACCCUAAGUUCAUUACUACCACUCGGAUUGAUGGGAGAAGUCAUAAACGAUUGUAAAUCUAUCUUGUAUGAAGUUUGUAUAUUGAUUCAUCAUAUCUUGUACUUCAAUUAAGUUUUGAUGGAGUGGAUUCGCUGGACUAAAAAUACAUGAUUUCUUGAUGAUCGAAACUCUAUAUCUAUAACAUUAUGAGAAUAUGUAUGUGUCACAUCAAUACAGUGUUGAAAUAGGUAGUACCGGAAAUAAAUCGCAUGCACUCUUUAAUUGUCAUAAAUCAACUAGAUGUAUGGAUAUUAAUCACUUCAUUACAUACCCCAUUAAACGAAAGUCAUUUCAUGAGCUUGAAAUUUGCAUUGGUCGUCAUACCAUGUGCUUUAAGACAGUAAUUAAUAUUGAGGGUCGUGAGGAUUUAAACACGUGACCUCAAGUACAAACCAGCUCUGAUACCAUGUUAUAAACCAACUAACCUCAACACAUUGUUAUGUAUGCCAUAUUGAUAAUAGCUCUCUCUCAACAACUAGAAUUGCUUAAAGAGGUACAUACACACUUUGGAUAAAACACACGCUUUCAA